UCAACUUUGAAGUGUUGACUUCAAGUCCUUUCUUCGUUUCAUCACAAUGGCGUCUUCAUCCUGGAAUCAUCAAUGGAUCUACGACGUGUUCAUAAACUUCAGAGGAGAAGACACCCGUCACAGCUUCGUUUCUCAUCUCUAUGCUGCACUCUCAAACGCUGGAAUCAACACUUUCCUUGACGAUGAGAAGCUUAUAAAAGGAUCCGAUCUGAAACCAUCACUGUUGCGAGCUAUAGAAGGUUCUCGUAUAUCCUUAGUUGUUCUCUCCACCAACUAUACUUCAUCAAGAUGGUGUCUCGAUGAACUCGACAAAAUCAUGGAUUGCCGUGGAACUUAUGGCCAGAUUGUUAUUCCCAUUUUUUAUGAAGUUGAUCCAUCACACGUACGUAAGGGUACGCAUGCUUUUUCUUUGGCAGCAGCUGGAGGAGAUGGAUACGUAGAGGUAGACGUGGGGAUGAAGUGGAUGCGUGUGCUCAAUCAAGUUGCAAAUUUGUCUGGUUGGGAUUUAAGCACCUUUAGGACUCAAGCUGAAGCAAUUGACAAAAUUGUUAAGGAUGUUUUGACAAAGCUAGAAAAGGCGGUUUUGUUUAUUACCGAGUAUCCGGUUGGAUUAGAUGCUCAAGUGGAAGAAGUGAUUGGGUUUAGGGAAGAUCAUACAAAAAAUGUUUUUACAGUAGGGAUCUGGGGAAUGGGAGGAUUGGGUAAGACAACCUUAGCCAAAUCCAUCUACAAUAAAAUUCAUGGUGAAUUUGAAGGUACAAGUUUUAUUGAAAAUAUUAGAGAAGUUUGUGAAAAUGAUAGAAGAGGGCAUAUUCAUUUACAAGAACAACUUCUUUCAGAUGUCCUGGAAACACAAGUGAAGAUACAUAGUACUGCAUUUGGGAUAAGUAUGAUUAAGAAGAAAAUUUCUAGGAGAAAGGCACUGGUUAUACUUGAUGAUGUGACCACGUUUGAGCAAUUAAAAGCCCUAUGUGCGAAUCGUGAAUGGUUAGGUGUCGGAAGCGUACUAAUUGUUACCACCAGAGAUGUACACCUACUUAAUUUAAUUAAAGUUGAUCGUGUCUGUAGAAUGAAGGAAAUGGACCAAAAUGACUCCCUUGAGCUUUUCAGUUGGCAUGCUUUCAGACAAGCAAGUCCGAGAAAAGACUUCAUUGAACUCUCAAGAAAUGUAGUUGCUUACUGUGGAGGAUUACCACUAGCUCUUGAAGUCCUUGGAUCUUACUUACAUGAGAGGAAGAAAAAAGAAUGGAGAAGUGUAUUGUCAAAACUGAAGAUGAUUCCCAAUGAUCAAGUCCAAGAGAAACUCAGAAUAAGUUAUGACGGUUUAAAGGAUGAGCUGCAAAAGGAUAUAUUUCUUGACAUAUGCUGUUUCUUUAUUGGGAAAGGCAGAGCCUGUGUUACAGAGAUAUUAAAUGGGUGUGGACUUCAUGCUGAUAUUGGAAUAACUGUCCUCAUAGAGAGGAGCCUUGUGAAAGUUGAAAGGAAUAACAAGCUUGGAAUACAUGAUCUGGUUCGAGACAUGGGAAGAGAAAUUGUUCGUGAAAGUUCAACAAAAGGGCUUGGGAAGCGUACUCGAUUGUGGUCUCCUGAGGAUGGACAUGAUGUGUUGACAAAUAAUACUGAACAGAAACUGUUGAGGGAUUGGUUUUGAACUUGCAAAGAACCGGUAGGAUUUCCUUCAAUGUUAAUGCUUUCAAGGAGAUGAAGAAAUUGAGACUUUUGCAACUUGUUAGUGUUGAACUCAAAGGAGCAGUAGGAGAUCCAUGUGCUGAAUAACAACAUACGUUGAUACUCUGCUAGGCGUAGAACGUUCACACUUUGCAGAGACAAAAGUCACUAGCAGGUUGCUUAAUGAUAAUUGUUAUUGCUGUUGAGUUAUAGGCUCCAUGUAAAAGAUGAGGAAGAGAAAAUCAUCAAAGAUGUUUUCCAAGUUGCUUUCUCUGUCUAGCUUGCUUUCCUUGCACGAGAUUAAAAAGGAAAGACGCAUGCUUCUGAAAGCCCAAAUUAGCCAUCUGAUUCCCCUUCACUUUUGAAUAGAUAGUUCGUGAAGUAUUUAAUGUAAAAAGAUCAAUGGAUAGAUAGUAAUCAUUGCUUUCAGUUUCAAUGUCCAUAUAAAUAUGAUGAACAUGCUUAUAGUUAUAGGCAUCACAAGGCACUUGAACAUUUGCAUAGUAAAUAGUUGUGAUAUUCUCAUAUCCUUUUCUUUCUA